GCGCGGCCCGGGAGAGGAGCAGGAGCCUUGCCCUGGUGCGGCUGGAAGGACGCGCGGUGGCAAGCGAGCUCUGCGCCCUCGGUGUCAUCGCGGCUGCUCUACGAUGAAAGAAGUGAACCAUGAAGGGGCACGGGAAUUUAUACUGCCUGUCUCCACAGAUACUAAUGAGUAAGCAGUAUAUGAUCCCAUAGGAUGGAGGUGGACAUGGUUUCUGUUAAUGACACUUGUCACACAGGUGAGGGACACUCGGGUCCCUUCAGGCAAACCUCUGAGAGGGUGGGCUGCAAAGCCAGCCUCCAGCUGGAGGUGGAGGAAGAUUACUCACCACCUUCUCGUCCUGCUUCCAUCCCUGCUGGGCCUUCCAUCUAACAAGAAAUCCUUGUAGAACUGCAGUGUGAGGAAGAAGAGACCUUUGAAACUUACUGCCAGAAAUGAAAAUCAGCCACCGCUUGGGUUUUUGUCACUUCCAGUACCAACUUUGACCUGCAGUGUGAAGAUGAAGGUUUAGAGCACAGUUCCUCUGAACACUCUGAGGAACUUCAAGGAGGAGUAAGUGAGGAUGAUGAAAGCAUCAUUCUUAUUGAUACACUUGAGGAGGAGGAGGACUUGGAGCACAUCUCUGGGAAUCCUUUGACAUACAAGGGCAAGAAACGUGACACCUCUUUUCAGGAUGCAAGUGAGCUGCAAGACCACAAGCAAAUUCGUUUUGUGGAAAACUCAUGUCAGUGCCCUGUGUGUGGCCAGGAAGAGUUCUUUCAUGCCAUGAACUUGCAAAUGCACAUGCUCAUUCAUUCCAGUGACAAGCCAUACAAAUGUCCAGAAUGUGACAACGGUUUCAUCCACACAGCUGAUGUCUGGAGGCACCUGAGCAAUGUGCACAAGGUAGAGUGCUCCACGGUAAUCCUAGAAAAUGGCAUGGCCGGGAACCCGUGGUCUCCAGGACACAGGAACUGGAAUGGUGGGGGAGAUGUUUAUCAGCACUGGAAUGGUGAUCAGGUGCCCGGGGAGGAAGAGUGUAAAUCAUACACCUGUCCAACGUGUGGCAAAAGCUUUGAUAAGCCUAACUUGCUUUCCAAACAUAAGGUGGUUCACUGACAAGACAAGUCCUAUGAAUUUCAUGAAUGCAGGAAAUCCUUUGUGCAGCUGCUCGGGUUGAAAAGACACCAGAAAACUCAUUCUGGGGAGCGCCCCUUCUACUGCGAGGAGCGUGGAGGGACCUUCACCCGGCUGGCAUCGCUGCAGCGUCAUCAGCAGAUCCACACAGGAGAGAAGCCCUACUCCUGUGCUUACUGUGCUCAGGAUUUCACUGAGUCAGGCUCCUUGAGGAGACACGAGCACACACACAAAAUGAAAACUCAGUGGUUUAUAGCUGUGUUGUUUCCUUUUGACCUAAGUUUUGUACUCUGCUUUGAAAAGUUCUGCUCAUGAGCAGAGGUGCAAAAGGCCUGUCCCUAGUCACUGUCUGCAAGACAGCCAGUAUAACCCUGGGUAGAUACCAUGAUUUUUGAGGAACUCUGAUCCCUAUGAGGAAGAGCAGUGUUUGCUGGUGGUACACACCAUUACCUGGUAGCUACAAGAGGAAUUGCUUCCACUACCAAUAUAUAAGGUAGAAUUCAAAAGAGAUGGAGAAUUGUUGGGUGUUAUCAGUACUAGUUGGACUCAUUUGGGGCAUCUGAUCAUGUAAGACUCAUGUUGAAUUAGAGCUGUUGUGCAAGUAUGAUCUUGAAGUUAGGUGUUCCUGUCUAGAUAAUCACCACCCUCUGAUAUUGAUUUUGCAGAACUGUCCUGCACGAGGUCACGAGACCAGAACUGUUCACCCAUCCCUUCCGUCCCUACAUGCUGUCUCCAUUUACUCUGUUGGGUGUAAAAACCCAUGUUUUGGAAUUUCUUUUUUUUAAUGCCCAUUUAUCAUCUGCACCCCAUGCAAAUAUGCUUGCUCGUGGAAGUAUUGGUCCUUUGUGUGUUUAUGUUUAUGUGUGUUACUAGAGCAUUGAUGAAUGAGGAGAGAGUUGUGUGCUUGGCUCCACUAAUGUAUGUGGAAAGAGUAUGUGGCUCUGUACAUCCUGAGUCGAGAUAGAAGAAA